UCAGUUGAUAUUUAUAGAAAUUCUUGCUUAAAAGUUCCUAAACUUUUGUCAGAUCUCUUCUAUAUAUUAUUUGACCGCUGUUUAUCAACUUUUGUGUAAAUGUUUUCCACAUUCUCUAGUAAUCUAAAUAAUCCAAGGAAUGAAUCAAUUAAUGUAUUAUCAAGUGGUUACACAAAAAAUGAGGUUCAGGAAUAUAAGGAUUCUCUUAAAACCAAGGCAGAAGAGUUGUUGGUGAAAGGAUUUCCAGAAAAAAUAGUUAAAUUAAAUGAAUUAUUGGAGACUCCUGAGUUUUGUAAUCGAAAGCUGUCGGAUGUACAUCAAGAUUUAAAUGUACCCAUUCCAGACCCUAUAGUUCUUAAUCAUUUCGAAGAUGCCCCUGCUAAUAAAAAACUUAAAUUGGACAAUAAUGGAGAAGAGACCAGUGGAACCAAAGUUAUGGCACUUCCAAGUGGUCCUGUACCAUGCAAUAAAAAGUUGUGCGACUUGAUUCACAUAGUUAAACCCUACAUUAGACAACUUUUGGAGGAUUCUAAUUUGCUAAAAAUGUGGAUUUCUUUUUUAAUCCCAAAAAUUGAGGACGGGAACAACUUCGGUGUAUCUAUUCAAGAGGAUACAUUAUCCGAAAUUCAGUCAGUUGAAAGUGAAGCCGCUGCAUUUUUCGAUCAAAUUUCUAGAUAUUUCAUCUCUAGAGGAAAGAUCGUUAGUAAAGUCGCAAAAUAUCCACACAUCAUUGAUUAUAGAAGAGCGAUCCAAGAGUUAGAUGAGAAGGAAUAUGUGAGCUUAUGGCUCGUCAUGUGUGAAGUUCGUAAUCGUUAUUGUUCACUACACGACCUCGUGAUCAAGAAUCUGGAAAAGAUCAAACGGCCACGUUCCUCCAACGCGCAAUCCCUGUAUUAGUAGGCAUGGUUUUACGCGCUGUAUCUACUUACGGAAUAAUUCAAUGCAAACAAUUCGGAAAUAUAACAAUAUAAAAUUCAUCUCCCCUUAUCCCAUUGACACGACUCAACUGCCUUGACAUUAAUCAUUCAUUCUAUCAAUUAUGGCACUAUAAAUAAAACCAAUAGCUACACUUAUACUACGAAAUUGUAUUAUGUAGAUUAUACUUAACUUAUUCGUACAUUUAAGUUCGUAUAACUGGCUUCUUUCAUCACACACGCACGCACGCACACACACACACACACACACACACACACACACACACACAUAUAUAUAUAUAUAUAUAUAUAUGUGUGAAAAGUAUAUCUAUGAAAAGUAUAUCUAUUAGAUUUUUAAGAACAAAGAUCGAGAACUUUUUCAAUUUUUUUUCAGUAGAAACCUUGCAAUUUUCUCUUGAAAUCGUAGUAGCGAAUUGGACGCACACUAGUGCGCACUAUCGUGCACAUUAAAGCCAUCGUGUAUAUACAAAUCGAUGUGUUUAAUGUAAAUAUAUAAAUGGAUUAAGCCAAAAGAUUCUCAAUACAUUUUAUAUAGUUUGAAAAAAUAUGUAUUGUAUAUUACAUCAUUCGAAAUAUUUACAUUUAACUUUUACAUUGAAAUUAGAUCAAUGUACAAUAGUUUUAAUAUGCACCAGUGCGUACUGGUGUGUCCAACUGAAUUACACUAUUAUUCGUCAAAUUUUAUCGCCGUAAAAUUACGAUAUUUAAGCAGUACAUAUAUAUAUAAAUUUCUAUGCAUCAAUUUGUUAAAAUUGUGCAGUUUAGCGAGCUUGCACAUGUAAUUUUGCCAAUUAUAUAACUGGGGCACUUAUAAAAGGAAUAUAAACAAGUAGUCAAAGUGGAUUUAGUAUAGUAAAAUGCGUCAUUUGUAAUUUAUAUCUGUAAGGAGAUUAGAAGAUAAAAACCAAGUUAUUGAA